UUGGCUUUUAUUGAGUCUAUAUCAGGUGCUUGUUUGAAUUGCUUCAUUAAUGCAUUUUUAGUCAGAACGGUGAAGUUUCCAUGUGGGUUCCUUUUGAAAACAGAAGUUGAACAGGGCAGAAGUAUCUCACUGGUUUCGCAGACUCUUCAAAGGGUCCUAUACGUCCUUAAAUACUAACCUGGGUUGCUAUUCAUACGGCAAUCAUUCGUGCAGUCUCAGUUUCAGAUUCCAGAGUUAUGGAGUUCGAGAUCGGUCAUCCCGUCGCCAUGCUUGAAAGUGAAACAUGCCGCUUGGUGUUGGUGCUCUUCCCCUCGCAGGGCCACAUUAAUCCCAUGCUUCAGCUAGCCACCAUACUGAACUCGAGGGGCUUCUCAAUAACUAUUGCUCAUCCUGAAUUCAACUCGCCCAAUCCUUCCAACUAUCCGAAUUUCACCUUCUUACCAAUACCAGAUGGCUUGUCUAAAAGCAGCCUUACUGUUCAGGACUUCCACUCGACGAUGCUUGCUAUUCACAGGAACUGCCGGGAACCCCUUCGAAGAUUUAUUCAACAGAUGUUGGAACAGAAUGAUCCACAGGGCCGGGUUGCAUGCAUCAUCUAUGAUGCGCUGAUGCACUUUGCUCAAGAGGUGGCUGCUCAAUUGAAUCUGCCGAGUAUUAAUGUUCGAACCAGUGCAGCUGCUUCUAUGUUGGCUUUUGCCGCCCUUCCCCGGGCCAACGAGCAAGGCUAUAUAACUUUCACAGAUUCUUUAAUUCAGGAUGAAUCCCUCAAGUUGCAGUCCCUCAACAUCAGGGACCUUCUCAUUACCAUGGGGGAGAAUCCCUCGGACACCGUUCUAGAGCUUCGGGCAGCCACGACUAGUGCGACGAGAAAUUCUUGUGCAGCCAUCGUGAACACAAUACAUUUCCUCGAAGAAGAAAUGCUCCCGAAGAUUCAAGAAUAUUUCCAUGCACCGAUAUAUGCCAUUGGCCCUUUUCACAAGUUAGCCCCUUCUUCCUCUAGCUCAUUACUGAAGGAAGAUACCGGGUGCAUUUCAUGGCUCGACAAACAAGCUAGCAGAUCAGUCUUGUACGUGAGCUUCGGCAGCGUGGCUAGCAUGAACGAGGAACAACUGCUCGAAACUGCCAUGGGAUUGGCCAUGAGUGAGAGGCCUUUCUUGUGGGUGGUACGACCCAGUUCGGUGGGCUGCACGGAGUGGCUCGAGCUCUUGCCAAAGGGACUCCAAGAAAUAAUUGGACAAAGAGGUUGUAUUGUGAAAUGGGCACCGCAGAAGGAAGUUUUGGCUCAUGGUGCAGUAGGAGGAUUUUGGACUCACUGCGGAUGGAACUCGACCCUGGAAAGCAUCUGCGAAGGCGUUCCCAUGCUCUGCUGGCCGGUGUUUGGCGAUCAAGGUCUGGAUGCGAAGUAUAUAAGCCACGUAUGGAAGAUCGGACUGGAGUUGGAAGCGAAGCUAGAACGAGGGAAGAUUGCGGGAGCCAUCAGACGACUAAUGGUAGAGGAAGAAGGGGAGGAGAUUAGACAACAGGCCCAGGCAUUCAAAGAGAGAGCUGAACGGAGUCUCGACAUGGGCGGUUCCACCAACACUGCAUUGAAUGAAUUGGUGGAACUGAUCCUGUCAUUCCAACCUCAACACGUAACAUCGGAUUAACCGUUUCCAACUGCCACCGGAGUAUCUGUUUAUGCACUCAAAUACCAUUUAUCGAGUGGACAUUUUGCUCGCACCAGAAAGUCCAGCGGCAGAUUGGAGAUCAGCAUCAUAUUUCAGUUUUCGGGUGUUUCGAUAUCAAAACUUUUGUAUUGCAAUUUCACAAUUUCGCAUA